CGGUGACGACGUGCGCAGCGUCGCCUCGCCGGAGCGAGCAGAGUUCAGAUAAGCUCCUCGGUUGACCUUGCCGCCGCCGCCGCGGACCGUUGAUCACAAACAACAGACCGUCCAGAGGAAACAUGGCAACCCCGAGCCUGCCUGCCGUGCCUCACAUGCCCCCGCUCUCCGGCUCGGGACUUAGGUUUACCAAAGAGCAUCUGCUGGUCGCGGUGCCCGUGGCCGUGGUCGCCGCCGCCGGAGGGUUCCUGGUCAGCCACUACCUGAAGGGGCGGAGCUGUAAAUCGGGCCAGGUGAACACGACCAUCAGCAAAGACAGUCCCAAAGUGGUGCACAGCUUCGACAUGGAGGACAUCGGCACCAAGGCGGUGUACUGCCGCUGCUGGAAGUCCAAGAAGUUCCCCCUCUGUGACGGCAGCCACACCAAACACAACGAGGAGACGGGCGACAACGUCGGGCCGCUCAUCAUCAAGAAGAGAGACGCCUAACGCCGCCCAGCUCCGCCUUCCCUCUGACUUCUCUCUCCUCCCCAAUCGUUCGCCGUCGCCAUCGCGCCGCCACCCUGAUGGUUACAGUAUUAAACCGAUGCAGCCAAAACAAACCACCGAUACUUUAAAUUAAGAAAUUUCACACAUUCCACUUUGUGUCCACGCCCGGUGUGAAGGCAGGAAGGGAAAGGAAAGGAGAGGUCACACGGGGACAGGUUGAGGAGGAGACAGUCGCUGAGACGUGGAGGCAUCAUGGAGGAGUUCCUCUCUGGACUGGAUUCCGCCGGGCCGCCGUCGUGCCUCCACGCCUGGCCCCGCCCGUGUCUCCAUCUCUGCAGGUGUGGAGCAGGUGGUUGAAAGGCGGCGCCGGGCGUCACGCCGUCAGUCCGGUUACAGGUUCAUCAGCCUUGUAUUUAAAUCUGGAGCCCAUCAAAAACCACUCAUUACCCAUAUCGGUGUCAGAUUGUAUGAUUUUUUUUUUUUUUCUUUUUCUGCUGCUCAGUCAGGGGGAACAAAAGUUUGUCUUAAAUGAAAUGUGAUGAAAGUGCUGCUGCGUUCAUAGCCGCUGAUUCUGCUUAUAGAGACUAUAUUUUGCUUUCCUGUCAGAUUUAUUUUCUACUGGCUGCGUGUGUGUUCUGAUGAGUCACUCAUCCUGUAUAUUGUGAAUAAAAACUUGUUCAGUGAUCACA